AUGGUCAACGAGGCUGAUCCCGUCCAGUACAGGAAGAGGAAUCGAGAUUGUCAAAGCGAAAACAAUAGAACUCGUGAAAUGAAGCACAGUUUCUUGCACCACCAUCUCCAUCCCUUGUCUUCCCCUGUAGAAAGAACUAGUAAUAUAGACAAGUUCUACUCCUUGUCUGCGUAGGAUAAUUCUUGGACUUCCUCUUCAUCUUCUCACUCCUCACUAGGCGUGGGAUAACUCCUCCCUCCUUCAGGCGACGAGGCCAUGAGAGGAAACCCAGUUCAUCGCAUAUCCAUCUUCAUUCUCCUCAUAUUCCUCAAUUGGGCUGACCCUAGUUGACUCUCAGUGUUUAUUUAGAGAAUACAGCAGUGCCCUCGUGGAGACUAAUCUUAUACUGUGUCAAAAUACUCCUAUUUUUUUGGGACUGGUUCUCUCCUCUGCUUCCAUAAAUAGGAUGGACAUGAAGAUCAUGAAAUGAGAUAACAGUCGACAGACCUUCGUUUGAUGCUCGGCAUAGAAAUGGGUAAUUCCAGCUCUUCAGAUCAGAAGGUCCCUGAGUCGUGUGCUGGGUAGCUCUAGCCUCUUCAUACAUAUGACAGAUACGUUAUUUUUUUUAAUUAUAAAUACUUUUAGUGUUGACUGGUAAGAAAUCUAUUGGUUCAUGGAAAACAUUAAAAGGGCUUCUUUUUUUUCUAUAUGAUGAAAAGGGUACCAUUUCUAUGUAUAUGAAUCUGGAUGAAUUUACCGCAAAGCAUUUAGUCUCUGUUCGUCUAAGAUUUUAUUUUUUUUCCUUUUUGGUCACAUUGAAUAAUUACUGUUGAACUCUCUGCUUCAGAUUCAUUUUGUGCUGCUCAUCAGCCGGCAAGGUAAAGUCAGAUUGACGAAAUGGUACUCAACUUAUUCGCAGAAGGAGAGAUCCAAGGUAGGUGGUUGGGUCUUAAUCCUUGGUUUUUCUCGAACUGGUUCUUCUUUCCCUUGCUGAUGAAAUAUAUUGCUUGGUCAUUUCCUGAUUUUGCUAUUUUUUAGUGUGGAAAAUGUAGGCUGUUUAUCUGCAGUCGUCGCAGAUAUCAUAGUGAUAUUUAUCAUUUCUUAUAUGUUUUAAAACCUUAAUAUAUUCAUAUAUUGUUUUCUUCUCGAAGGUGAUCCGAGAGCUUAGUAGUCUCAUUCUCACAAGGGGCCCAAAGCUCUGCAAUUUUGUUGAAUGGAAGGGCUUUAAAGUAGUCUAUAAGAGGUAAUAUAAUGCUCCUAAUUUAUGAGAUAUAUAUAUAUAUAUACAUGGGCAUAUAAAGUUGAUCAUCUUGAUGAUAUAAUCUAGUGGGUCAAUGUUUUUUUUAAAGAAAAUGCCCAGUUUGACAAAAAAAUCUGAAUUUCAGAUACGCCAGCCUUUACUUCUGCAUGUGCGUUGACCCAGAUGACAAUGAGCUCGAAACCCUCGAGAUCAUUCACCACUUCGUCGAGAUUCUGGACCGUUACUUUGGAAGCGUGAGAGGCUCCCCAUCUCUUGAGUUCCAUGGAUCCCCAGCUCUCUAUGUAUCGUCCUAAUCUUGGCGUUGACUCCUGGAAAAUAAUAUUAAUCUCCCCAAUUUCAGGUUUGUGAGCUGGAUUUGAUCUUCAAUUUUCACAAGGUGAGUUCAAGUCAACCUGCCAUAUUAUAUCUUAUUUAUUUAUUUAUUUUCCUGCUCCCGUUGACCACCGAAUCUCAGGCCUACUUUAUACUGGAUGAGAUACUGAUCGCCGGAGAACUGCAAGAACCAAGCAAGAGAAUCGUUUCGCGGCUCAUCGCAGCCCAGGUCCGUAUUUUAUUUAAUUUGAUUUAUUUUAUUUUAUUUAUUUUAUUUUAUUUAUACGAGCCAAUUUUCCGCCUUGUCUCUGGGGGUUUGCUGGGUUGUUCCACGGGGAAUGAAUCCUCCACGAAAUCGGUCAUGGUGUGUCGGUGUUAACAUACCUCGCAUGAUCUUCUGGAUGUUGUUCUUAUCCUGCUCCAUCAGUUUGGAGCUGAAUCCCUCCUUCCCUGUGAGCCUGUAAUCGACGCCGGUGCUGUCUGUCUGUAUAAUCUUGCAGGAUAAGCUGGUGGAGACGGCGAAAGAGGAGGCGUCUUCUCUGAGCAACAUCAUCGCUCAGGCCACCAAGUAG